AUGGUUAAACCGCCACCGUCCAAGUCUCUCAAGCUGACUCCCCGUCUCAACUACAAGACAAAAACCGCCCCGCUCACGAUCGUGAUCAAGCUCGGAACUUCUUCUAUCGUCUCUCCCACCUACCCUUUCGUUCCCCAUAUCCAACUCCUCUCCAACAUCGUCGAAACUGUCGUCAAGCUCAGAGAUCAAGGUCACCGUGUCGUGCUCGUCUCUUCUGGGGCUAUCGGCGUGGGGUUGAGGCGCAUGAACUUGAAGGAGAGGGGAAAGGAGCUGCAUAAGAAACAAGCCCUCGCAGCUAUCGGUCAAGGCCGACUUAUUGCGCUCUGGGAUAAUCUCUUCUCACAGCUCGAGCAGCCUAUCGCUCAGAUCCUCCUUACGCGCAUGGACAUCUCCGACAGAACACGCUACAUCAAUGCCCAAAACACGUUUUCAGAGCUGCUCAAUAUGGGCGUCGUCCCCAUCGUCAACGAAAAUGAUACCGUAUCUGUGUCUGAAAUCAAAUUCGGCGAUAACGAUACCCUCUCAGCCAUCUCCUCUGCGAUCUGCCAUGCCGACUAUCUCUUCCUGCUGACUGACGUCGAGUGCUUAUACACUGAUAACCCAAGGAACAACCCCGAUGCUAAACCCGUCCGUGUCGUGCGUGACAUCCAGGCUGUGAAACAGCAAGUAUCAACAAAGACUCUUGGUUCCUCCCUCGGCACAGGCGGCAUGGAAACCAAAAUCAUCGCCGCCGAACUCGCCACUGCUGCCGGCACAACCACCGUCGUCAUGGACUCUUCCAACGUCAGGGACAUCUUCCAGGUCAUUGCAAAUGGGCCUUCGCCUUGUAGAGAGUCGGAAGAAGGAAGUACGUCAGAGUUGUAUGAGGGACCAUUGUGUACAAGGUUUUUGAGAAAGGAAGCUGCUCUGAAAGACCGCAAAUGGUGGAUAGCUCAUGGUCUUCAUGCUGCCGGCAGCGUCAUCAUCGAUCCCGGAGCUUAUCGUGCCAUCCAGCGCAAGGAAUCUGGCGGCCGACUUCUUCCUGCCGGAGUCGUGAGGGUUGAUGGUGUCUUCGCUGGACAUCAAGCUGUGAGGCUCAUCGUGCGCCGCCGAAAAGGAGAAGACGAUGGAAAGGGCGAAGGGGUGGGGAGGAAGGAUUCAAGCGUUUCUUUGAAUAUGUCUACCCCCGCCAGCCCUUCCAGUCCUUCAAUGCCACUCUCAGCGACAGCCGUUUCCCCAGCCCUUCGACAUCUCAACAUUCAGCCCAUCUCCAUCUCGAACUCCGACCAGCCCGACACCCCUCAUAUCGAACCCUCCCUCUCACUUUCCUCCUCCAUCGCCUCACUUGACCCCUUGAGUCGGUCUGUCCCACCGAGCCCAGCUAUCACGCCCUUUGGUACGACCGCUCUGACGGCUAUCAACGGCGGAAGCAAGAACGGUGUAGAUGGGGGAGAUGUGGAUGUGGCGGAGUGGGAAGAAGUGGUGGUAGGAAAAGGAUUGGCGCAGUACAACAGUGCGGAGAUUGAUAGGAUCAAGGGCAAGAAGAGCGCGCAUAUCGAGCAGAUUCUAGGAUACAACGACUGCGAGCAUGUGGUAGAUUCUAUCACCUUCAUAUAG